UUUGACAACCUGCAAUCCGGGGAAGUCGCGCAGCUGCUCAACAGCAUGGGCCACCACACGGUGGGCUUGCGCUUGCAACGGAAAGGGGACAAGUCUCCGCUGCCGGGACAGUCAUGGUCACACGACGUGUUUGCGGCCAGCAGCCCAGAAGUCGUUCUGGUGA